CGAAACAAGCAUAAGCGUCUACCAUUUGUAUGUAUCAAGUCGUGUACGUUAUUUUAAUAGUUUUUUUUCUCGACAAUUAGUAUAUUUUUCAACGACCAGUUUUAUAUUUAGUUCAAGACAUAGUGAAUAUUGAACGAUUCGUGUGUUUUGCCUUGACAAAAUAGUAAGAAAACAUCGAUUCAGCCGUGUGUAUUUUGAUUGUGUUCAUUUUCAAUCCUGGAUCAUAUCCAAAUUGGUGCAGCAAAUAUGCAAACGCCAAAACAAAAGCGAUACAGUUGCAUCAGUAACAUUAGCAACUAUGGUACUCCAAGAGAUAACGACGAUUCGGAAAACAGUAUGUAUUACUCGUUUGUCUCUGGAGAAGAGGACAGCAAAGAAAAUUCGGCCAACGGAGGUCAAUGGACCGUAACAGAUUCAAGCAGUCCCAUCAUUCCAAAUGUGGCCAGCUCAAAAACGCCACUGUUAAGAAAAGUAUUACAAACCAACUAUACCCCACGUAACAAAAAUAACAAACGUGUUUCAUUCAGUCAAAUACCGAAACCAUGUCCAACACCAGAAGUAGCUAGUAAGAUGUCAAAAACAAGUGAAUCAUGUGUCGACAUGAUCGCGGAUACAACAUUCGAAUUAAAAGUCAUUGAAGAAAGUCUGCCAGACAUAUCGAACGAAAAUGACGUGAAAGAUCCCGUUCAGCAAAUUCCAAUUUUCGAAAAUGGUGUUGAAUCGGUCACAGUCAAUGAGUCGCCAUUUAACAUCAGCGAUGGUUUGGAGGGCGAUCUACAUGAUACGGUCAUUGAAAAUUCAUCACCGAUCCCGGCGAAUAUCACAUUGACAGACAAUAUGGAAAUGCCAGCUAAUCCAUCUGUCGUCCAAGGUGCUGAAAUCUCAUCGAAAGCACCUGACAUGACAGCAUCGAAUGAAACACGUAAUCGACCAGUUGAAGUUCAAGAGAGAAAAAGUACGGUACCACCAACAGUUAAAAAUUCAGCGCCACUGCCGAAAAAAGUUCAAACGAAUGUAAAAACCGUCGAAGAGAUAUUGCAAGCGGGUCAAAAGACAGCACAAUCGAAGAAUACAAUUAAAAUCGGUCGACAGCAAUUAGCCAGUGAUAGCCGAAAAAGUAUUUUACCGGUUGUGAAAAAACUAACAACGCGUGCCACAACCUACAAGCGCCGAUCAUCCACGUAUGAACCGCGAAAGGUUGAUCCACGUAAAUCGUUGGCCGUUUUGAAGAACGUCGCAAGUCAAGUGAGCAAAACACUUCCGACAGUAGAGAAGAACAAAGCAUCAGAAUUGAAACGCCCAACAGCACCUGUCACCAAAACGUCCACAAGCAAUGUACCGGUGUCAUCCAAAAACUCAGUUGUGAAAACAACUGCGACAAAGAUAGAUGCACCCGCACCGCGUACAAUUGUCAACAAAUCGAGAUUAACAAUUGCCCAACCGACAGUGAAUCCGGUGGCAAGGCCAACAAAGCCACCAAAGAUGUCGAUUGUGUCAACACGUCAAUCGAUGUCUUCGAAUGUUCGUGCUCAACGUCGCGAAACACGAUCAUUCCUCACUACAUUUGCUAUGGCCAAAGCAUCUACAUCAUCAGUUGCACCUUCAACAUCGUCGACUCAACACACAUUCGUCAAACCAAGUGCCUUACCGGUUCGAAAAAGUUUGCAUCCAUCGAUGGUUUCAUCAGCUACAGUCACAUCAAAUGGUAAAACAAACACCAAUCAGUCUGGCAAGUGUCAAUAUUGCGACAAAUUCUUUGUGAAAAGCCAUGGCUUAAAGACCCAUCAACUGGAAAAAUGUGAAAAAAUCCCAUCGUCAGCUCGUCGCCAACUGUUACAAAAGGAAAACGAAAGUAAUGAAGCCAACAGUAAGCAAACCUUUACUCGAAGAUCACAAGCAUUUCCACAGAUUGAUGAAUUUUCCAAAUAUUCUAGAUUUUUUGUAAACUUAAGUUCAAACGGUGGUGCAUCGGGUACGCAAAAUGAUGUUAAUGCUGCUGAGAUUAAUUGGGGCUUAAAAAAUUUACGAGCUGAAAUCAGAAAGAGGGCGCCCAGUGGUAUUCAACGUACACCACAAAAACCAAUCCGAUGCCAUCUUUGUAAAAAACUCUUUUUCGAUUGUGUUGAAUACGCCGAUCACAGCGCAAAUCAUCCAGCAAUCAAUUGAUCAAUAUAGGCUUAAUCGUCGUUUUCAUUCAAACAAAUUUCAAACACAUCGACACUUUCAAUUUUUAUAAUUAUCGACUUAAAGAUUGUUCAUUUUGGUUUUUGCUACGAUUCAUAAUGUCCGUUGAUAUCAACCGCCCUCCACUGAUUAACGGCCAUACAUUGACUUUUCAGUAUUAAUUUCAUUUCUGCGAGUUUCAAUUUAAAUUGCGCCCCAAUUACAAAAAAAAACGGAUACGAAGAUUUCUAUAUUCAAAAAAGUAUUAUAAAAGUAUUAAAUCAAAUGAAUUAUUUACAGCAAAAUUCGCAAUCUACCACAUUAGCAUGUUUAAAAAACGAUAUACAUUUUUCGGA